AUGACUUCCUCCACGAGCUCAGAAUCCCCCGCCGAGCGCCCUCAGCAGCCAAUGCUGGCUUCCCAACGAGCGAAGCAAGCAAACAAUGAUCCUCCCAAAUUCGGCUUCUUCCCGUUGGGAUACAAAGCUGCGGUGGGACAAUGGUGGGCAAGCAUGUCGCCAGCCGUCGCGGAACACAAUGUUAUGUCUUUCAUACCGUAUCUCCAGAAACCACCUACGCACACACAGACGGGCUCUGCGCCAGUGUCCGCGCACCAAUCGAGCAGUUCCCUGAACACGGAUCCGGCGGGCGAGGCGAAACCAGUUAGAACCAAUUCAAUAAACGAUCCAUAUGGCCCAAGAGCCUGGUACUCGAAUCUUAUUCCAUUGAGCGGGAAGGGUAGAGCUUUGAAUGAGUUCUCGGUAGAGAGGGUAGGAGAAGAGGUGGAGGAGAACAUGGUUAUGUUACAUGGAUACGGAGCAGGUCUGGGAUUCUUUUACAAGAACUUCGAAGGAAUGAGCCGAGUCAAAGGGUGGAAGAUAUAUGCAUUGGACAUGCUAGGAAUGGGACGAAGUAGCAGACCGCCAUUCAAGGUUUACGCAAAGGAGCAAGCCGGAAAGAUCACAGAGGCAGAAAACUGGUUCAUCGAUGCUCUGGAAGAGUGGCGAAUAUUGAAGAAAAUCGACAAAUUCACACUCCUGGGCCACAGUAUGGGGGGUUACAUGGCUGUCGCGUACGCACUUAAGUACCCAGGGCAUCUCAAUAAGCUUAUACUAGCUUCGCCAGUUGGUAUCCCAGAAGAUCCGUAUGCGGUGCAAGCGGAUAUGCCAGAACCAGAAGAGUCAUCGAUGGCAAACGAGUUCACUUAA